AUGUUUCGCCAUUCACGACUGGCUCAGUCGCUCCGCCCAGGCUUUGCACGACAUGCGUCAACUCGAGCACCAUCUCCUUCUUCUCCCAUUAGAAAUGGGGUUUAUGGCACAGUCUUAGUUGUGUCUGCCGGUCUUUUCACGAUUUACUACUUGGACGCGCGCUCUGCGAUACACCGUUACGUUUUCACUCCCCUGCUACGCAAUGCAUUCGACGCGGAAACUGGUCACAAAUUAGCCGUCAGGAUACUCAAAACUGGGCUGGCUCCGAGGGACCCGGUGGUGGAUGAUGCUCGUCUGAAAUCGUCACUUUGGGACUGUGAGUUCUCGAAUCCGGUGGGGUUGGCGGCAGGUUUUGACAAGAACGGAGAGGCGAUAGACGGGUUAUUUAACCUGGGCUUCAGUUGGGUCGAAAUCGGGAGUGUAACACCUAAACCCCAGUCGGGAAACCCACAACCCCGCGUCUUCCAUCUUCCAGACGACCUGGCGCUUAUAAACCGCUAUGGAUUUCCCUCAGAGGGUCACGCCGCUGUGUUGUCUCGACUUCGCGCGAGAAUACCGCGUUUCUCUGACGACUCAUCCUCCGCUUCGUUCCGCCCUGGUUCAGUGCUUGCCGUCAACCUUGGGAAAAACAAGGAAUCACACCCAGACUCGAUUGAAGAUUUCGUUGCGGGAGUGAAAAUGUUUGGAGAGUACUCGGACGUUCUGGUCAUCAAUGUAUCGAGUCCAAAUACUCCUGGCUUGCGAGGUCUCCAGAAUCGGCAGGCACUUGAGAAUUUGCUGGCUGGCGUGAUAGAAGCGCGAGAGCAGAUUAGUACGAGGAAACCAAAACUCGUUCUCAAGAUCGCGCCGGACCUAACAGAGAGUCAACUGGUCGAAAUGGCAAGCGUGAUCGCGAGCAAGGCCAUUGACGCAGUGAUCGUGAGCAACACCACAACCCAGCGGCCUGCGAGUCUGGGAGAUCUGAACAAGUCUGAAAUAGGCGGCUUGUCUGGCGCCCCGUUGAAGCCUUACUCACUUGCGGCGCUCAAGACUCUCCGCCAGAAUUUACCCGCUACUAUUCCUCUCAUUGGAUGCGGCGGAAUUUCGACUGGGGCUGACGCAUUAGAAUACGCCAGGGCCGGUGCCUCACUUAUCCAGGUUUACACUGGAUUUGGCUAUGAUGGGGUGGGAACUUGUCGACGAAUUAAAGAUGAGCUUGCGGGAGAGUUAGAGAAGCAAGGGACAACUUGGUCGGAGGUGGUGCAAAAGGCAGUGUCAGAGUUGAGUUUACAAGAGACACAGAAAGCGGCAGAUGGAACGAGUAGGAUUAAAGAGCUCAUUGCAGAGGCAGAGGAGCUUAGGAGGAUGUUAGAUCGACUUGGAGAGUCGACACAUUUAGAAAUAGCAUAA